AGUCUCCUUUGAUUGCGGAUGAACACCACACACAUGUCGUGAAUGCUCCCUAGGCUGGCUGCAGCUACCAGGCAGACCCGGGAGCUGAGAAUAGAGGAAUACCUGCCCGAGCAACUCAUUCUGCACGGCAGCCGACGAGACAGCGAUUUUCCUGUGCUGGAAUGUGCCCAUCCAAAGCCGAUCAAUUUGUUGGAAAAUCAGAUCAGUCAAAAUCUAAUUUUGAUGUUAUGCAAACACCCCCGGGAUCGUGAAGCAGCUGACACUUGGAUUGGACUUAAUCUUAAACCUCUGGAGUUCAAGACCUUUUAAAAAGGGCUAAAUAAACAAUCUCUACAUGUAAAAGACCACCGACUCCUCCUUCCUCUGCAUAGAGCAACAGUUGAACUCAGCUGCCUGUAGGAAAACUGAAGACUUUAAUACCAAACCCUCCAAGGUCAAAAUGAACACAGAUAGCGGUGGGUGUGCUCGCAAACGUGCCGCCAUGUCUGUUACGCUAACAUCUGUGAAGAGAGUGCAAAGUUCUCCAAACCUAUUGGCUGCAGGGCGUGAUUCUCAGUCACCAGACUCAGCUUGGAGAUCUUACAAUGAUGGCAAUCAAGAGACACUGAAUGGAGAUGCUACAUAUUCCUCUCUUGCAGCAAAAGGUUUUCGAAGCGUUCGACCAAACCUACAAGAUAAAAGAUCACCAACUCAGAGCCAGAUAACAGUGAAUGGAAACUCUGGAGGUGCCGUGAGUCCCAUGAGUUACUAUCAGAGGCCGUUUUCCCCCUCGGCAUAUUCUCUCCCAGCCUCACUCAACUCCAGCAUCGUCAUGCAGCACGGCACGUCCCUUGAUUCCACAGGGACAUAUCCCCAGCACGCGCACUCUCUGGAUGGCACCAGCAGCAGCUCUAUCCCCCUGUACCGGUCCUCAGAGGAAGAGAAGAGAGUCACAGUCAUCAAAGCCCCGCAUUACCCAGGGAUCGGGCCCGUGGAUGAAUCCGGAAUCCCCACAGCAAUUAGAACGACAGUCGACCGACCGAAGGAUUGGUACAAGACGAUGUUUAAGCAAAUUCACAUGGUGCACAAGCCAGAUGAUGACACAGACAUGUACAAUACUCCUUAUACAUACAAUGCAGGUCUGUACAACCCACCUUACAGUGCUCAGUCACACCCUGCCGCAAAGACCCAAACGUACAGACCUCUUUCCAAAAGCCACUCCGACAACAGCACUAAUGCCUUUAAGGAUGCGUCCUCCCCAGUGCCUCCCCCACAUGUUCCACCUCCGGUCCCGCCACUUCGACCAAGAGAUCGGUCUUCAACAGAAAAGCAUGACUGGGAUCCUCCCGACAGAAAAGUGGACACAAGAAAAUUUCGGUCUGAGCCAAGGAGUAUUUUUGAAUAUGAACCUGGCAAGUCAUCAAUUCUGCAGCAUGAAAGACCAGCCUCCUUGUAUCAGUCGUCUAUAGACAGAAGCCUGGAAAGACCCAUGAGUUCUGCAAGCAUGGCCAGUGACUUCAGGAAGCGGAGGAAGAGCGAGCCUGCAGUGGGUCCACCACGGGGCUUGGGAGAUCAAAGUGUGAGCAGGACUAGCCCAGGCCGAGCGGACCUCCCAGGAUCAAGCACCACCCUUACAAAGUCUUUCACUAGCUCUUCUCCUUCUUCCCCAUCAAGAGCAAAAGGUGGGGAUGAUAGCAAAAUGUGUCCAUCCCUUUGCAGUUACUCAGGGCUCAACGGCAACCCCUCCAGUGAGUUAGAUUACUGUAGCACUUAUAGACAGCACUUAGACGUCCCUCGGGACUCAUCAAGGGCCAUUAGUUUCAAGAACGGCUGGCAAAUGGCCCGGCAAAACGCAGAAAUCUGGAGCAGCACAGAAGAAACCGUUUCUCCCAAAAUCAAAUCCCGGAGCUGUGACGAUCUCCUAAACGAUGACUGCGAUAGCUUCCCGGACCCGAAAAUCAAGUCAGAAAGCAUGGGCUCCCUGUUAUGUGAAGAGGACUCCAAAGACAGCUGCCGCAGAGCCUGGGGGUCGCCCUGCAUCCAGGAGGUUCGCGGUCCCGGCAGAUCGAGGAUCAGACACCGGUCAGCCCACAACGCCCCGGGGUUCCUAAAGAUGUACAAGAAAAUGCACCGCAUCAACCGCAAGGACCUGAUGAAUUCCGAGGUGAUCUGCUCCGUGAAGUCCAGGAUACUGCAGUACGAGAGCGAGCAGCAGCACAAGAGCCUGCUGCAGGCCUGGAGCCAGUCCUCCACGGAGGAGGUGCCCCGGGACAUGGUGCCCACGCGCAUUUCCGAGUUCGAGAAGCUGAUCCAGAAGUCCAAAUCCAUGCCCAAUUUAGGGGAUGACAUGCUAUCUCCGGUAACCCUAGAACCACCACAAAAUGGCUUAUGCCCCAAGAGGCGAUUCUCCAUUGAGUAUUUGCUGGAGGAAGAAAACCAAAGUGGACCCGCCUCUCAGGGCCAGCGAGGCUGCACGUCUAACGCCCUGGUGCCCAUUCACAUUGAAGUCACCAGCGAUGAGCAGCCCAGAGCCCACGUGGAGUUCUCCGACAGCGACCAGGACGGGGUUGUGUCUGACCACAGUGACUACAUUCACCUAGAGGGGUCAUCCUUCUGCAGUGAAAGUGACUUUGAUCACUUUUCCUUCACAUCCUCUGAAAGCUUUUAUGGAUCCAGCCACCACCACCACCACCAUCACCACCACCACCACCGCCACCUCAUCAGCUCCUGCAAAGGCAGGUGCCCGGCCUCCUACACUCGAUUUACCACAAUGUUGAAACACGAAAGAGCCAGACACGAAAACCCCGAGGAGCCCAGAAGGCAAGAAAUGGACCCCGGCCUUUCUAAACUGGCUUUUCUAGUCAGUCCUGUGCCUUUCCGCAGGAAAAAAAGUUCAGCCCCUAAGAGACAGACUGAAAAGGCAAAAUGUAAAGCGUCUGUGUUUGAGGCUCUGGACUCUGCCCUUAAAGACAUUUGUGACCAAAUUAAAGCUGAAAAGAAAAGGGGGAGCUUGCCAGACGACAGCAUCUUGCACCGUCUCAUCAGUGAGCUGCUGCCAGAUGUUCCCGAGAGGAACUCCUCCCUGACAGUGCUGAGGAGGAGCCCCCUGCACCAGCCUCUCCACCCACUGCCUCCAGAUGGUGCUAUUCAUUGUCCACCCUACCAGAAUGAUUGCGGGAGAAUGCCUCACAGUGCCUCUUUCCAGGACGCCGACACAGCCAACAACUACCACCACCAAGACCGUGGCGGUGCACUCCAAGACCGUGAGUCCCCUAGAAGUUACUCAUCAACUUUGACUGACACAGGGAGAAGUGCACCAAGGGAAAGAAGAGGAACUCCAGAGAAAGAGAAAUUGCCUGCAAAAGCUGUUUAUGAUUUUAAGGCUCAGACAUCUAAGGAGUUGUCAUUUAAGAAAGGAGAUACCGUCUACAUCCUCAGGAAAAUCGAUCAAAAUUGGUAUGAGGGAGAACACCACGGGAGAGUGGGCAUCUUCCCGAUCUCAUACGUAGAGAAACUCACACCUCCUGAGAAAGCACAGCCUGCGAGACCACCUCCGCCAGCCCAGCCCGGAGAAAUCGGAGAAGCUAUAGCCAAAUACAACUUCAACGCAGACACAAACGUGGAGCUGUCACUGAGAAAGGGAGAUAGAGUUAUUCUUCUUAAAAGAGUUGAUCAAAACUGGUAUGAAGGUAAAAUCCCAGGAAUCAACAGACAAGGCAUCUUCCCUGUUUCCUAUGUGGAGGUCGUCAAGAAGAACACAAAAGGUGCUGAGGAUUACCCCGACCCUCCAAUACCCCACAGCUAUUCUAGUGAUAGGAUUCACAGCUUGAGCUCAAAUAAGCCACAGCGUCCUGUGUUUACUCAUGAAAAUAUUCAAGGUGGGGGGGAACCGUUUCAGGCUCUGUAUAACUAUACUCCUAGGAACGAAGAUGAGCUGGAGCUCAGAGAAAGUGAUGUCAUCGAUGUGAUGGAGAAGUGUGAUGACGGCUGGUUUGUGGGGACCUCAAGAAGAACCAAAUUCUUUGGUACUUUCCCCGGAAACUACGUCAAGAGGCUGUGAAUCGCUCUCCCUCCUGUAGGCCACCUGCCAGCCACGCACCUGCGUCAACCCCUGAAACACCCUGCAGGCCUCCCGUCGUCAUGCCUUACGGUUUCCAAUGCACCGUCACCAUCUCCACCUGCCACCAAACCACCAGCAGAGUAACUGCCGCUGCUGUGAGCCUGGGGGCGACAUGGCAGGCUGGCCCCCUCCAUGAAAGUGUGGAUUCCUACUUCCUGCUCUAAGCUUUGACACGUCAAAAUGUGGGAUCAGAAAGAAAAUCAUGAUACUUAAAAAUGGUCAAAUAUUUGAGGCAAAAAAAAAAAAAAUGUCUCCAGGGGGCUAUUUCAACACCUCCCCCCAGGCGAUGUUCUCCCCAAAGACGACCAGAAAAUUGUUUAUUGGGAAAUGCUGUGGUUUGCGUUUUCACAUUCUUAGCUUGGCAGUGUAUAUUCUUUUCACAAGUUUGCCUAGUGUCUUGGUUUACACACUAUGACAACUGUAACUGUACUUUAGCUAGUGUUUGCCUGCACAUACGUGUUGUAAUAUGCACAGUGAUUACCACCUUUAAAGCAAGAGAAGGAAAGUUAAUUUGGAUGAGUGUGAUUUUGUUGAUUGAAUGUAAGUUUUCAAAUAGGAGUCUUUUUCUGCAAUUUUUUUGCACUUUUUAGAAGUGCAAACAGUAAAUGAAUAAAAGCCUUCAGUAAUAAUCAUGACAGUACAAGAGGCUGAGCUAGACUACAGGGAAAAACUAUUGUGUUGUAAAGUUGCAUCGCUAUUUUAUAUUAAAAUGUAAUGAUCAGCAUCAUGAA